UCAACUGAGAAAAUGCAACAUUUUCUGCGCUGGCACUAAGUUAUUGCUCUGUGCACUAUUAAAAAUCUUAGCUCAGAUAUGCUAAGUGGUGCAGGGUUUAUAUUAUCUCCGCCAGGAAUUUUGAAGAUAAUCUCACUUCUAUGCAUGAUCAUCGGAGGACUGAUAUUCGUUACUUACGGUGACUGUACAGAAUCACAAUUCUGGGCUGAUACGUACAUAAUUUCGACAACCGCAAGUGCAAUUUUAGCAAUGCUAUCAUACACUAUAUAUGCAUUGGGUGUGAUAAAAUCACGUACUUCCAUUAAUGUACAACACAUAGCAGAGAUAACGUUUGCCUAUACAGUUUUCUUACUGAUGCUGAUCGUGUCAAUUAUCACGAUGACGAAAUGUACAAACAAAAAACUUCCUAUCGAUCGUGUUCCUGAGCCACUGACCAUCAUUGGAGCCCUUCUUCUUGCGAUUGGAGGCACCCUAAUUUUUCUGGAUUGGCGCUCUAAGGAACACAUAGAUGAUAUUCAAAUGAAUAUUCCACGCGAUCCACAACAGCGUCCAAAUGCAAAUCUUUCUAGAAAAUCAAUUCUUAUUUAACAAG